ACUUUUCGCCUGCUCAAAUGAACCACAGAACCCUCGCCCGGAGUCGCCGGUCCCUUUAAGAAGACUCGGUCUUCCCCGAUGGCUCCAGCAGCGCCCGCAGCAAAAGGCAAACUUGCCUGGCUCAUUGGUGGGAAGGGGAGAAACGCGGCGUAGGGUGGGAGCUGAGAGAGCGCCAGAGUGCGCUGCGGGCUUCUUUCCCCUUCCCCUUUCCUUAACCCUUCAGGGGGCGGAGGAACCGGGUCAUGCUGCAGCGCCAAGGUGCUGAGGCGCUGACUGCCCUGGGUUUCCGAAACUUUGCGCGGAGCGUGGGCUUGACUAGGUAGAACCGAGCUGGCCUGGGAAGAGACGAGGAAGGGUCGGUGGCAGGGGAGGACCGACCCUCUAGUACCCCAGUCUCUAGCCUGGGCGCCAGAAAGGCGGGGGUGCAGCAACGGGAGUGGCGCUGUCCCUUCAGCACCACGGACUUACAGCCAGGCUUCAGGAAGGCGGAGGCGGGGCAACAGGCGGGGAGCUGUCUCUUCAGCACCGCGGACCUUUGCCCUCCAAUGAAACCGCCCGCCCCCCGCCCCAGGACUCUGUCUUUUCUCCAGUUUGAGCGGGGGUGUCGCGAGCAGGCGGAGAGCUUUCCUGGGAGGCUGGGGAAGCAGUGAACACUCUUCUCAGCGGCUCGCCUCCCAGCAGUGCUAUUUUUUGCCAUCCGCCCUCACCCCCAGCACACGCGCUGGCACACACACGCACGCACGCGCGCGCGCACAGACACACACACACACAGACCUCUCUGGAUUUCUUUGCCUUGAGUCUCCUGGGGCUGUGAGGAGCCAGGAGCAUCUCAAAGCAAGCCCACAGCUCCAGGCUCCGGAGCCAUGCCCUGCACAGACCCUCAUCCUUACCACGCUCCUGAGGAAUGAAAGGAACCCAGGGACCUUCAGAAGGCAGCAGUGAUGUGGACCAACCCCCUGGAGCCUGCACCCUUCCGAGGGCCAUAGGCGACCAGGGAACUGGAGAGAGCUCCAGACAGGAAAUCCUAGCUUUCUCAAAGUCCCUGUGGAUGCCGACAAAAGGAGACCAGAAUUUUUGGAAGAGCCUGCCCUAGGUUGCCCAGCUGCAGAGUGAUUUCCCCCUUCGGCAUCAAACCUCCCCCUCCAACACCCAUCCAUCCAGAGUACCAUGAAGAAUUAUGAGGAUGUGUGACAGAGGUAUCCAGAUGUUGAUCACCACUGUGGGAGCCUUCGCAGCUUUUAGUUUAAUGACCAUUGCAGUGGGCACGGACUACUGGUUAUAUUCCAGAGGUGUGUGCAGGACUAAAUCUACAAGUGAUAAUGAAACCAGCAGGAAGAAUGAAGAAGUAAUGACCCAUUCGGGACUGUGGAGGACCUGCUGCCUAGAAGGGGCUUUCCGAGGCGUGUGCAAGAAGAUAGACCACUUCCCUGAAGAUGCUGAUUACGAGCAGGACACGGCAGAGUAUCUCCUGAGGGCUGUGAGGGCCUCCAGCGUCUUCCCCAUCCUCAGCGUCACCCUGCUCUUCUUCGGCGGGCUCUGCGUAGCAGCCAGCGAGUUCCACCGCAGCAGACACAACGUCAUCCUCAGCGCCGGCAUCUUUUUUGUCUCUGCAGGGUUAAGCAACAUCAUUGGCAUCAUAGUUUAUAUAUCAGCCAAUGCGGGAGACCCUGGGCAGCGUGACUCCAAAAAAAGCUACUCGUACGGCUGGUCCUUUUACUUCGGAGCCUUCUCUUUCAUCAUCGCAGAAAUCGUGGGAGUAGUGGCUGUGCACAUCUAUAUAGAAAAACAUCAGCAGUUACGUGCCAGAUCCCACUCGGAGUUCCUGAAGAAAUCCACCUUUGCUCGCCUUCCACCCUACAGGUAUCGAUUCCGGAGGCGGUCAAGUUCUCGCUCCACGGAGCCCAGAUCCCGAGACCUCUCCCCCAUCAGCAAAGGCUUCCACACCAUCCCUUCCACUGACAUCUCUAUGUUCACCCUCUCCCGGGACCCCUCAAAGAUCACCAUGGGGACCCUGCUAAACUCCGACCGGGACCAUGCUUUUCUACAGUUCCACAACUCCACGCCCAAAGAGUUCAAAGAUUCGCUGCAUAAUAAUCCAGCCAACAGGCGCACCACGCCCGUAUGAACUGACCUCUGCCCUCUGCCCUCUGCCCUCUGCCCCAGCACAGCCUUGGGGGCAGGGUCCAGAGGUGUCUCUGAGGUUGCAUGGCAUGGUCCUCGUGAUGGUAUUACUUUUUGCAAAGAAUGAAACCAAAUGGACUCAGCCCUCCCCCACUCUGCCCCUGGCCCUCCCAGCCCUAUUAACUCCCUUCCCUAUUUUUUCAAAGCAGUCCCCUUGACAUCAUUCCUCUCUGUGUAUCUGUCCCAGAUGUUUCCUUCUUCCUUCUUUACUAGAAGGACCGCCACAUUCUUCCCUCCUUGGAAGAGGACUUUACUGAAAGUCACAGUUGGUCACUAGGGGGUCUCCCCGGGCCCCCCACCAGGCGUGUGCACAGUUGUCUCUCCAUUGUCCACACAAAUCCUCAGGACACCGGUGCCCACGGUGUCCUGAGAGAGGCAUUCAACUCUCCGUGUUAGAAAAUCAUGACCAGAAAUCAAAGAUGUCAGAGCCCUGAAGCAGCUAAUGUAAUAAGCACUCAUGUUAUUAAAGGUUUGGCCUUGUCGUAA